AUAGAGAGAUCCAGAAAAGGAUAAGGCUUCAGGAGAAUCCCAAUUUAGUUUUCUCUCAGUCAAACCAUGUUUGGAUAAGAGUGAUAGAAUUCUUCUGAUAUAUUAACCACCCACAGUUCAAGAACACCAAAUUCCAUGGUUUUCUAGAUCUCUCUCUCUCUCUCUCUCUCUCUCUCUCUCUCUCUCCAUGCACCAUCCCUUCUUUUUAGUCCAACAAGAGAAGAAGCGUCAAAGGAUCAUAGAUGCUCACAGGAACUACGGUGACCAGUUAAGCUUUCAUGGAUUUUUGGAGGGAGCCUGAAAGCAAAAGAGUCGACGAUCCAUCUUGCUUGCAUCCCCAAAGCAAUUCCAGCAGUUGCUUCAGAUCGAUGAAGUCCGGGAAGGCCGAGAAGUGCAUCUUCUUCCCGGGCCCCAUAAUCGUCGGCGCUGGGCCGUCGGGGUUGGCGGUCGCCGCCUGCCUUAAGAGCAAACGCAUCCAGAGCUUGAUCCUCGAGCGGUCCGACUGCAUCGCAUCGCUCUGGCAGCUCAAGACCUACGACCGCCUCCGCCUCCACCUUCCCAAGAAGUUCUGCCAGCUCCCGUUGAUGCCGUUCCCAUCGUGGUUCCCGACGUACCCGACGAAGCAGCAGUUCAUCGCCUACCUCGAUGCCUACGUGGCGGAGUUCAACAUCCAGGCCGUGUUCAAUGAGACAGUGGUGGCCGCGGAGUACGACGCAGGCAUCGGCUUCUGGAGGCUGCGGAUGGCGUCGGCGAAAGGUGAGGGUAAGGAGGAGAAGCACGAGUACGUGUGCCGGUGGUUGGUGGUGGCCACCGGGGAGAACGCCGAGGCGGUGGUCCCGGAGAUGCCCGGAAUGGAGGAGUUCGAGGGGCCCAUUGUGCACACAAGCUUGUACAGGAGCGGCGACUCGUAUCGAGAUAAGAGAGUGCUCGUCGUCGGCUGCGGUAACUCCGGCAUGGAGGUCUCCUUGGAUCUCUGCGAUCACAAUGCGCACCCUUUUAUGGUCGUAAGAGACUCGGUGCACAUCCUGCCACGGGAGAUGCUCGGCCGCUCCACCUUCGGUCUGUCCAUGUGGCUCAUGAAGUGGCUGUCCAUGAAGACCGUCGACCGCUUCCUGCUGCUCGUCGCGCGCCUCAUGCUCGGCGACACAGCCAAGCUCGGCCUCGAGCGGCCCCAGCUCGGCCCCCUCGAGCUGAAGUCGCUCACCGGAAAGACCCCGGUGCUCAACGUUGGCACCCUGGCAAAGAUCAAGUCCGGAGACAUCAAGGUGCGCCCUGCGGUGGAACGUUUCACUCGGCAUGGAGUAGAAUUCGUCGAUGGAAGGUCGGAGGAAUUCGACGCGGUAAUCUUGGCGACCGGCUACAAGAGCAACGUACCUUGUUGGCUGAAGGAGAGGGAGUUAUUCUCGGAGAAGGAUGGGUUCCCAAGGAGGCCAUUCCCGAACGGGUGGAAAGGGGGCAACGGGCUCUAUGCCGUCGGCUUCACGAAGCGUGGCUUGCUCGGAGCAUCGCUGGAUGCAUGGAGGAUCGCGCAAGACAUCGAGCUACGCUAUAAGGCCACGAAGAAAUAGCUAAUGACCUUCUCUCGCUUCAGAUCGAUUUAGUUAACUGUUGUUUUGAUUGAACAAGAAGAUUGUGAGAGAUCGACUGGUUUUACAAGUAGUACUUGUACAUGUGCAUGCCCAUCUCUUUUUCCAGCAUCUAGAGAGAGAGAGAGAGAGUGUGUGUGUGUGUGUGAUUGUUGUGUCUUCCUUCACUCUUAUUCUAACACAAGAACUUCUAAGA